AUGGGGUGUGGCCUGUCACGUUUUUGGAAAGCAAGGCCGAGAAAUGCCGCGGUGAGUGAUGAAGAGGUGACCCCUUUGCUGCCAGCGAAGGAAAAGCCACCAGAUCGACCAGAUCGACCAGAUCCAUCAGCUCAGGAGGGACCUCCACCAGAUCUCCAUCCAGUCCUCGGCCAUGGCUUCAGGGUGAAGUUCGCUUGUUUCGUUUGUGCUUUGCUUGGGGCAGCCAUUGGCUUCGCCAUAUUGUUGCGAGAACCUCUCAAGCUACAGAUCGGGAAAGAUUCAGCUGUGCCGCACUGCUUCAUUGGGCAGAUGUUCAUGAACAUCCAUUGGAUGAUCAUUGCAUGUGGUCAGCACUGGAUGCAGCUGUUGCUGAUUUGUAUGCUGGUGCCAGCUCUGUAUGUCUUCAAGACGUGCAGUACGCGCGUUGCUGACUGUUUGGUUUUGCGAUUCGCACGUCAAGAGCAUGUUGAAAGGUUCGUUGCAAAAGCAGAAGUGGCUCUGAUGGUUUUGCUUUGGCUCGCCGACAUGCUGUCCGAUAUGUAUGUCGCAUACACAUACUGCAAGCAGAAGCUGUAUGUUUUUGCUUUUUUAAUGAUCCUGAUUUGGCUCGGCAGUGGAUGCCUAGCUUUUAGCCACCGGUAUGUGAGUUGGGAACGAUGCGACAGUGAAACCAAUCUUGGCUAUUUCGCUCAAGGCUUGAAUGAACAUGGGGAACCCAAGCCUGGCUACAAGACUUUUCUGCUGUACAUACUACAGGUCCAACCAUUGAUCAUGGCAUUGAAUUCCUGGCAGCAUGGGAUGACUCGUCGCUUGCAAGAGGAAAAGAUGGUGGCUGCGUUGACCGAGGCUGCACCGUCGAGCUUGCUGCAAUUGUAUGCCCUGCGGUUGGAUCCGCCCAAAGAAAACUCCUUGGAUUUGCAACUUUUGUGGGGGUCAAUUGCGCUGUCCAUCCUGACUGUUGCUAUGGGAAUCAACAAAGCCUAUGAACUAUGUGUUCCUGAGAGCUGCAAAAUGGAGAAACACGUCUUGCCAGCAGGCGUCUUGGUUUGGUUCAGGUGGUGCGACACAUUCUCGCGCAUUGGUGUUUGGGCGCUGCUGGGCAUAUGUCUUCGGCCGAUCGGUGCCAAACGGCAUGGCAUACAACAGCCAUACUUGCCUGUGAUACUGGCAGCAGAACUGCUGUUGAUCGCCAUGGUUUUCAAAUCCCAAAGCUUUGGCUUAAACCUGGCUUGGUCUCAGUUCCUCAAGAAGGAAAAUUUUGUGGGUGUCAUCAGCGGCUUCCUCAGCGUUUACUGGUGCUGCAAUACGGCAGAUUUGGUGGUGCAACACAAGCUCUUCAGAUCCUUGCUGGGACUUCGGCUCCUCCAAACCUUGGGAAUUUUGUGGCUAUGUACCUUGAUCUAUUCUGCUUCAGUCGGAAGUCACUGCCUUGUGGCUGAACAGCCAGCUGUGGUGAUCGUCGCUCUGUUGGUGCUGCUCACAUUUGCCUUGACAUUCUUCACAGCACUGGCGCACGACGUCGCCAUGUCGUUUUUUGCUUUGCCCUUCUUCCCCGUCAUAGCAGGCAACCGGGGUGGACGUUUGGAGCUGGCGGCGCGGUUCGGUGUGGCGUCGCAGAUUCCACGCUUGCUACAGGCAGCAGAGCCAGACGAUGAUGGCGUGGCGGCGCUGUGCCAAGCUGCUGAGGCCGGGCAGGUCGCAGCGAUCCACGCGUUGGUCGGUGCAGGAAUUCCCCCCGCCGCUGAAUGGAAUGGAGCAACAGCACUGCAUUGGGCUGCGGGGGGAGGCCACAUCAGUGCCAUCCAAGCAUUGCAAUUGCACGGGGGCACCGAGUUGGGAAGAGCAGACAAGAGUUUGUGUGCUCCAGUGUUCUAUGCAGCAGGAUCGGGCCAUUUGGAAAUGGUGAGAUUUCUCCAUCACUCGGGAUGCAGCCUGGAAGGCAGCCUGGAAGGCUCAGCCGAACAUCAAUCUCGUCCAGCUGUAGUGAAUGCAGCGGCGUGUGGCCAUUUGAAUGUGGUGCAAUUCUUGCGCGACUCCGGAUGCAGCAUGGAAACAUUUGACUGCGAUGGAAUCACUCCUCUUGCCAGCGCCGCGGCCAAUGGUCACUUGGAGAUCGUGAGAUUUCUACACGAUUCAGGGUGCAGCAUGGAAACACCCGAUUUGGAUGGAUGGACUGCAGCUAUCCUUGCCGCCCAAAGCGGCCAUGCAGACGUGGUAAAAUUUCUACACGAGUCAGCAUGCAACUUGGCAACAGCAAACAACAGUGGAUGCACCCCUAUGACUCAGGCAGCCCAAAAUGGCCACUUGGAUGUCGUGAAAUACCUCCACUGUGUGAGGUGCAGCUUGGAAACUCCAAGCCAGAAUGCUGUCCAAGCUGCGGCCCAAAACGGUCAUGUUGAGGUGCUGAUGUUUUUCCUUCAGUCCGGAUGCCUCGAAAAAGCAAGCAAAUCUGAAGCCAACGCUAUCCUGCAAGCAGCCCACUUUGGCCGACUAGAUGUCCUGAAAUCUCUCCACAAGUCCGGGUGCAGCUUGGAAAAGGCGAAGGAUGAUGGAGUGGCUGUCGCUGUUGAAAACGGCGAUGUGGAGAUGGUGAGAUUUUUCCAUACUUCAGGAUGCGACAUCGGGGUGCACAGCUUGCAUGUGGCAGUAGCCGAAGGUCAUUUGAAGGUUGUGGAGUUUCUUCUUGGGGUUGUGGAUGUGAAUGCUGCUGGCAUCGGACAUGUUCACGCCCUAGACAUUGCGAGGGCAAACGAUCCCAACAGCCCUGUGACCAAGGCUUUGCUGCGUGCAGGUGCCAGCCCUGGACCGGAGCCCCAGCUGGUUGGGCUCUCUGCUUUGAAACCAAGCAAAGCACCACCACAUGGCAACAUUUGGUUCACCUGCGGCACGCCGAAGUUGGCCCGGAGCCGAGGCAAGUUUUAUCAUGAAAUCCAGAUCUUGAGCGAGUUCGACUGCCCUCAGCUGGGUUGGCUCAGUACAGAUUUCGAGGGUGGAGAUGAUGACGAUGGUAAAGGCGUCGGAGAUGAUGCAAAUGGCUGGGCCUUUGAUGGCCAACGAUGUUGCUGGUGGCACGGUAGCGCUUCGGAGCCAUUGCAAAUUGCACAGUGGAACGUCACCGAAGUCCUCGGGUUUGCCGCAGACCUGGACAAGGGGUGGAUGCAGCUGCGCACGGACAAUGAGCAACAAGAUGUGUUUAUGCGGUUCGAAGCCAAUGGAGCAGUGUACCCUGCAGCAAGCAUCCGCGGCUUGUUUCGGAUGCAUUUGGCGAAGCAGAGCUGGAAGCUCCAGCCACCUGAGGGAUACAAGGAAUGGAGCCGUGGAGAGUUCGCAUGGAGCGAUUGAGAUUGCGAGCAUACCGACCGUGUGUCGAAUGGUUUUAAAAUGUUUUAAACAACUGUUCUGCCAUGUUGACCUGACUCUGACAAAAUUGGCGCAGCGUGUUGCCAUGCAUCCGACUGUCCAUGUAGCAACGCCGAUGCCGUGUGCCAUCAACGCGCUCCCUUUUCCCGCGUGGCAUGGCACGCUUUCGCCAAGCACAAUGAAGAAUUAUCGAUUGAAGGGUCAGCUAAGGAGUGAUCACACGCCAACAGCUAGUUUUGAAGCUCAAAAAAA